CUCGCCCGGGUCGCGGUCGCCGGCGUGUCUGCUCGCGGCGGCCCAGAGCCAGGGCCAUGUGCAGGCGCCGCGCAGCACUGGUGGGGACGCGGCUUGUCCGGAGCGGGAGCAGGUCGGCGGGCCGGCUCCAGGGGGCAGCGGGAGUUUCGGCCUCUGGGAUGGGGAACAGCACAUCGUCAUCUUUGGGGAACACAGCAACUACUCCCAUGAAUCAGAUCCAAGAAAUCAUUUCUAAUAAUUGUGUGGUGAUUUUCUCCAAAACUUCUUGUUCUUACUGUACGAUGGCAAAAACACUUUUUAACGACAUGAGUGUAAACUAUAAAGUGGUGGAAUUGGACAUGCUUGAACACGGAAGCCAGUUACAAGACGCUCUUCACGAAAUGACCGGUGAAAGAACUGUGCCAAGAAUAUUUGUCAAUGGAACUUUUAUUGGCGGUGCAACUGACACUCACAGGCUUCACAGAGAAGGGAAAUUGCUUCCACUAGUUCACCAGUGUUAUCCAAAAAAAACUUUCAGUGGUGAGCGCAGAUGGGUGCCUUCUCUGCAAAAUAAGGCUCUCACUGAUGCAGUUGUGAACUCGGUACAGCAGGACUAGAAAAGCAAACAGAAGACCAAAAUGUCAGAAGAAAGGAAUUUUAAAAGAAAAAAAAAAAAGAGCAACGGCAGGAUGGACAUGUCCAGCAAAGGUCUCGUUAUCAGUGAAUACUAUGAAGACAUCAGCAGCUGUAUUUGUGUUUUGAGCCCAGAUCAUUGGAAGAGAGCAAUCAGUUCCACCUGCUGGGAUCUAACUCGGAAAAAAAACAUGGAUAAGAAUACAAGAAAAUGCCCUCAUUUCUGUACUGACAUGUCUGAAAUAAUUAAAUACUUAAAAAUA